GAGGGCUUUCCCCUCUCCCCAUUCCUUCCUCGCGCCGUCUUCAUCUCGUCUCCUCUCCUCCCAACCUGGAGAUCAGAGCGAUGCGGAGACAAUAGGACGCAGAGCCGCAGGGAGGGGGAGCAGGAUGCUCGGAUCCACAUCCAGCAGCGACACACGGCUCUGCGGAGGCUUCCGGCUGGACGCGUCGGUCAGGCUCACCUCACUGUAGUAUGCGCUCUCAUCGAUCUGCCUGUUUAUUAUUAUUAUUAUUAUUAUUAUUAUGAGUCUGCGUGGACAGGGUGGACACUGCAGCCUCCAAAUGGGAACCCACUGAAGGUGACCUCAGCUGCCAGCUGCUUCGCCUCUCCUCACUGACCAACACUUCUUCACCCCAGUCCAUCGUUGGAAACAGCUGCCACCAUGAGCUCCUCUCCACUGGUUUCUCGAGCUAACGUGGACAUCCUGGACGAGUUGCAGCUGAUCGCUGCUCAGAACCUGGAGAGGCUGGAGGUCAACAAGUACUAUGAAGUGAUCAGGGAGCUGGGGAAGGGUACCUACGGCAAGGUGGACCUGGUGAUCCACAAGAUCAGAGGUACAAAAAUGGCGCUGAAGUUUCUGAAGAAGAAGACGACGAAGCUGAAAUCAUUCCUUCGGGAGUACAGCAUCUCACUAUACCUCUCCCCCUGCCCGUUCAUCAUCAACAUGUACGGCAUUGCCUUUGAGACGGACGAGUACUACGUCUUUGCCCAGGAGUAUGCGUUGGCAGGAGACCUCUUCGACAUCAUUCCCCCACAGGUUGGUCUACCUGAGUCAGUGGCAAAGCGUUGUGUGCAUCAAGUGGCCAUCGCUCUGGAUUAUCUACAUUGUAAGAAGCUCGUCCACAGGGACAUCAAGCCUGAAAACAUUCUCAUUUUCGACAGAGAGUGUCGCAAAGUCAAGCUUUCAGACUUUGGCAUGACCCGUCGGGCUGGCUCCCCUGUAAAAAGAGUGAGUGGCACCAUUCCCUACACGGCCCCAGAGCUUUGCGAUGCCUCCCGCCAGGAGGGUUUCUGUGUGGACUACAGCACCGAUGUCUGGGCCUUUGGUGUACUGCUCUUCUGCAUGCUGACUGGCAAUUUCCCUUGGGAGAAGGCGCUUCCCACCGAUACGUUCUAUCAAGAGUUCAUCCACUGGCAGAGGAGGAGGACAAACACGGUGCCAUCGCAGUGGAGGCGUUUCACCGAGCAGGCACUGCGAAUGUUCCGCCGCCUGCUCUCGGUGGAGCAGGACCGCCGCUGCUCUGUUAAGGAGGUAUUUGGGUAUUUCAGCCACUCCUGGAUGCUGGAUGCAGAGCAUGACAACAACGGCAAUGCAGGGGGAAGUGGUAGCGCGGAGAUGGUCGGCGGGAGCAACAUAGGAGGAGGAGGAGGGAAUGUGCGAGGAGAUAUGGAAGGCACCAUCUCUACUUCCUCAUCAGGGGAAGAAGAUGAGGAGCUCCUGGUGGAGAGGAUGAAGCAGCAGACUUUGUCGCCUCGUUCACCGCUCUCGCCCCUCUCUCCAAUGUCUCCCAUGGUGGUGGAAAGGGGCAGCGGUGGUGGCGGGGCCAAGGGAGCCAUGAUGGACCCGGGUGGAGGACAUCAUUUCGUGUCUGUCUCCACUAACAGCUCGGUGUCGUCCACUAACAGUUACGACCGAAUGCCACGGGAAAACGGUUCCCCUGGCGGCCGCUUGCUAGUGGCUACACCCAUUGAGAUCUGCGUGUGAGCAUGACGAACUCUGCGACUGACUCGACCCACACUUCCAUACCUCUCGAACUGCAAUAGUUGUGCAUGCAUCGAAACAAGACCAGACUAAAAGUACUAACGUGUAUCCUGUUUUUUACAUCUCGGGAAGAAAGUCAACACGUUGAAGACUUAGGAGAUCUUAAUUGAAGGCACAUACAAAAAGAGUUUUGAUUGGAUGUCAUCAUGAGAGCCUUUGUUUACAAUCCAGCGACAUUUUGAGAUGCAUUUCAUGAGAAUAUAAAGAAAAAGUGAGAAGCUCUGUGACUAAAACCAUCAGAAAAAGAAAACCAAAAUGUAUUUUAUAGAGCAAUACUUGCAGCAAAAAUAAUUGAAGGGAAGACUUCACAAGCUGUGAUGAAGCGACGAAGGAUUUGUUUCUAUGAUGAGGACUAAAACAGAACUCGAAGAAACACCCUGGUUGACGGAGUGAGACGAGGUGUAACAAAAAUGUGAACGUGUGUGUGGUUUGUGUGUAUGAAUCUUAAAAAAGUGUAUUUUGCUUUGAGAUACAAUUUAUUUAUUUAAUCGUACAAGACUAAAAUUGUUUUUUCUAUUUUGUUUCUUUUUGUUGUUGUUUUUUAUAAUGUAGCUUUCCUUUUUUCCACUUUAGUGAAUACUGUAAAGUGACUUCCGACUCCUCUUCCCUGUGCAACACUUGCGGUCGGCUAAUAAGUCGGGGUGUAACGAUUUGUUCAGCUCAUGAGACACUGUGAUACAUGACACUGAGGUCACCACAGAGAUUGGAUUCACAAAAUAGUGCAAAGGAUUCAAAAAUCACAAACUGUGUUUUGAAAAAUGUCCAUUUAAGGUGAGAAUUAUUAAUUUUGGAUUUGUUGGGGUUUAUGCUUCCCUUAAUUCAUGGUAGCCAAAUUUCACAAGUUAAAUCUAAACUAACAUUUUAGAUUUCAUCCAGUCUUCUGCAGAUUUAUAGCUAGAAAUGAUCAAAUGCGCUUCUUUAAAAUAAUACUAAAAACAUAUUUAGUUUAAUGCCUAUAGGAAGUUUUGAGUCAGAUGCCAGCUUCAGCAUUGUUAGCUUCUGUUCUGUUUUUCCCUCUUAUGUGGUUUAUUUCCCUAAAGCGUAUCAAAAUUACAGACCGUCAAAUGAUUUAAGUCAUGGUGCCAACUUCCAAAAUGCUAAUUUAUCAGACUGUUAUCAUCCAGCCCAAUUUGCAAUCCUUGUGGUCGACUCAGUAAACGCAACACUACUAUUUUUGUUUUUCUUACUUUGGAUAAAAAAAACUAGCAAAAAAUGUCCAGAUGUAGCUUGAAGCACUUAUUUUCAUAACAGGGACUCAAAUCUACUUCACCGGGUGAUCCUGCCCCACAUAUUAGCUAGACAGGAAUGUGUGUGUGUGACAGAAACGUCAACACAUUUCAGUACUACGAGAUUUUGUACCACAAAAGGUUGUUACACCCUAACUGAUGAGCAUACCGGUGUUAAUGCUUGUACCAGAAAAAUCUAACACUAUUCGCCUAACUUUAGGUGAGAGAAAAUGACUAUGAUGUCUCUGUCUAUUUUUAUAUUUACUCCUGAAGUUCUUUUAUCUUUGAAGCUUCACAGGAAAAUCUGUCAGCGACGCUUUUUGUUUUCAUUGUGUUUUAUUUUUUACCGAACAUGUGCGUUUCCUUAGAUAGACGCUGCUAUCUAAAUACUGUGUGCAGACUAAAGAGAAACAACCUUAGCUCAAUUUGGAAGAAAAAGAAACAGAAAAGAAAACAACACCAACUUUAUAACUGCAUGACUAGCUCACACUUACAGUAAAAAAAAAAAAUACACUUGUUAAAGAAAACGGUUUUGAAGAAAUAUGUGAUUAUUUUUGCAGUAGCACACCUUCUUGCAUUGUAUUCAAGACUGAAUAUCAGUGUUAUGAUCUCUUGAGAAAUCCUGGUACUAAAAAAAAAAGAAAAUGGUAAUUAGUUUUUACUCUGUGUGAAAUAUUUGUGUUAUUGUGUGAUCAUCUCACCACUUUAAAGAACAGCUAAAAAAAAAAAAAAAAAAGAUAAGCAUGAGGGCACUGGAGCAAGAGGCUGUAAUUAGAAACUUCUGUUUUAUCUGAAGAGCUUUCUUCUAAAUGGCCUUUGAUGAGGUAGUGAAGCUUUUCACUUUUUGUAUUUUUUAUCCGAUUUAGAAUGAUGGCAAAAAAAAAAAAGAAGCAAACCAUUCCUUUUUUUUUUGACUAUGAGAAAAUAAUUCAAGAGAAAUGAUAUUUUCCAAGGCUUAAAAUCAUGUGUAGGAAUGGCUACUGCUUUCCACACAUUAACCUGCAUGAACAUGUAUGUGCUAAAAAAGCUCUCUUGUGAAAACCUGCUCAGUGUUUCUCGAACCCCAAACCGUAGUAACCCGUAGAUGUAGUGUAGCCGCUGCCGACGAUAUGUUUCUUUAUUGUGAGUGUCAGUAGCCUCAGCAUGGAUACUCCCCGACUGAGGAACAGCUAGACCCAGCUAAAGUCCGUACAUUGUGCAUUUUCAUCAUCAGUGGGUAUGUAUGCUAAGUACAACAUCUUGUGACAUCCCUGACCUCAUCAGCAGCCUUCUGAUUCAGAACAAAGGACCGUCCUGAUGCAGACACUGUAGCCCCGCUGUUUUCUCCAGCUGGCUGUGAGCUACACACUAAAUUCACAUGACCGCGGGAAACCUGUACAUGAGCUCAUCGAGCAAUUAAAGCACCCGGUAGAUAUGGUUAAUGGUGUCUUUGAGUUGUUGGGGUUGAUUUUUGCAGAGUUUGAAAAGUCAGGGAAUUCCUAUUCCUAUUCAGAUACAUGUGUGUUGUAAUUAUUGUAUCUUUGUCUCAUAGUAGGUUUUCCAAUAAGAGGCAUUUUAACUUUUUAUUUUUUAUUUUUUAAGUAGACAUGGGUCCAUGACAAGUAGCCAGGUAGAUAAAGCGGCUGCUCAAGUAAAACAGUGUGGAAAACGAAGGCGCGCCACCUACCGCUUAUUUCAGGUAAUGCAGUUUUAAAACAACCGUUAGAAAGCGACGAGCUGUAUGCUAACACCAGCUAACAUAGCCUGAGCUAACAGGAGCUUUGCUAUUAAGAGUCGAAUGACAAAAAACGUCGAAUGUUCCCUUCAAUAGGCAAUUAAAAGCUUUAGCUAUGCUAGAUUUUUAUCUAAAGUUCGACUCCAAAUUGUUCUAAAUUGUAAAUUGUGAAGUUAUUUUGGCGGCAGACAUUUCUGUAUCCUGUGAUAAUAUUCCAGAAAUUCUGACCUGGAGGUUAUUGCUAAGUUUGAAAUGUCCCAGCAAAGAUACAGUCAGUGCCUGCAUUUGGACCACGAGAGAAAGAAUCGAUUUUUCUGGACUAAUUAUCGACCUUAAAUAUGAUAUUAACAUGACAACCUCAUAGAUUAGAAUGGCCGUCUCCCUUUCUUCCGGUGUUGGGUUCUGCUGAGAUGUUGGCUUCGUGGUUGUCAUGAUUUGCCCGUUGUGUCAGCACAAAGUUUCCAAAAAUGUUUAGUACAGAUAACUCCAGUGGUUCAGUGUUAAGCUAAAGAAUGCAGCAAUAAACAGAGAGAAACAGGAAGUUAUUUCAAAAGUUCUGCUAGAAAAUUGUUGCUGAUAUUUUACUUAUUUUUAAAAUGAUUAAAGCAGCUUCAUGGAAGUUUAUCCCUUUUUAAAAUUGCUUCUAAAAUUUACAAUUCUAGAAUUUGGAUUCUAAAUUAAGACUUACCAUUAACUAAUGUGGCAAUUGAGUAUUAUUAAUUAUUACCUUAGUUUGUAUAUUCAUGAAUGUGUUAAACUGAAGAAGGCAUUACUAGUAAUUAUUCAGUUUUAAUAUCCAUUAAUCAUCCAAAUCCCACCAGCAAUACUGUGUAUGUUAAAUGUAGCGGGAAGUUUUACUCCGUAUGUUUUUAACUGGAUGCCCAAACUGGACAUUUUUUUUUUUUUGUUCAAAUGUGGAAUCACUGAUGUCAAACUUUUCUGUUUGUUGAUGUUUCAUUUGAGAACGAACAGCUUUGUAAUCUUGUUGGUGGUUUGGUAAGAAAUUUAGUUAAUUACAGGCAUCUGACAAUAUAUGAGCAAAACCAGAGUACGUAAUUCUGUACUUAUUUACUUUCACCCUCACUCGAUUUCUUUGCUUCAGAAAACUUUUGUGCUUGAGCUGAAAGUGGCGAUAAAUAUUUUUAUCGAUUUUUUGCGGUGAGCAAAAGUAGAUUUCCGAGUUCGUGGAAGCCACUUGGCCCUUUUUGUUUCCUAGUGUCCGAGUCAGUGAUUGCUGCUCCGUCCUCCCAUCCAUAAUGUGAUAUGUGUGUGUGUAAUAAAUUCCCAUCGUCUGUUUGGUGACAUAUUUCCCCAUCAUCAUGAUUUUAGCAGAGUUUAAAUGAAUAGAUGACCACAGCACUAGAACUCCUACCCACUUUUGUCUUUGCAAAACAUCCGUCUUCCUGUAAGCUGAGAUUUAGUCAAUAAAACGAGAAUAUGUGUUGGAGUGAAA